CACAUAUAUUUAUACUUAUAUAAGAGUAUGUUUUGAAAUACGAGAAGAAGGUCAGUAUAAUCUUAUCUAGGCUACGUCAGCCCACGUCAAAUCACCCUAGCAACAAAGCAUGUUGACAGUGCAUUCACUGACAAAAGCCACAACACAUACAAUUAUGCUUGGCAUCAACGGGGAGGUAAAUAUUAUAUUUUCUACGCAGUAGUAGUUCUAGUAAUAAUUUCUGUUUACUUAUAUUUUAUUGCAUGCUUCUGAGUUUUGCGCGGAAUUCCAAACGCUACUAAUUGUUACAUUAAUGUUCAUUUGGAAUGUCGUAUAGCCGAGGUCGACCGCACAGCAGCAAGACUCGCCGCCAGACGAGGAAUCGAAAUCACCGACUCCGGCAAACGAAAUCGACUAUACUGGUAGGAUAAAUGAUGAAAAUUCAUGAAAUUAAAGCGCAUCAAACUUGCGUCUUGAUAAAUUUGUUAAAUUGAACUCAUUGUUUCUUGCUAAUGUCUAUCUACCAAGCUCGUAGUAUUUUGCGACGAAAUGGAUUAAUUAAAUCCAAUUAGAAUUUCUAAGUGCUACAUUUUACCAAAGUAUAAUUCUACGUUUCAACUAAUUUAUAGUCAUCCUCAGGAUGACUGAAUACCUCUAGCAGUUGUAAGCUGUCCUCUCUAUUAGAGGUCCAGCAAAAAGGGCAAUAAUCUAUUGGUUUAUAUUAUUGGACAAGUGUUAUUUAAUACAAAGAAAAUUAAUUGGAGACAAUCCCGACAUGUUGUGUUUGAUACACUCUCCUAACAACCAAAGCUGAUGCAGUAACCAAUGUAUUAAAUAUUUAAAUUUGGCCACAAUUCCAAUGGCCACAAUUCCAAAAGAAAACAUAUAUGUACAGCGAUACUUCUUUACGAUAAUACAUCAACAAUGUAAAAUGCAAAGUAUAUAUACAGUUAAAACCGCACUAGUUUGUGUUAAAAUCUAUGAUCGAUAAUCAUGAAUUUUCAUCUAACAGACUUUGACAAACACGGUUCGAGAAUUCGCGCACUUCAAGCCCAAUGUGCAAACAACAAUUACAUUGUGAGCAUGUCUAGCGCAUGUACAAUUUCUAAUAUCAUUUCGCCAUUACUAUUAUUAUAAUUCGUCUUAUGACGGAUUUUAGAUGAAGACGACGGUAUCAAAGAAGACGAGAAUGACAAAAAAGACGAAUCCAAAAAGGAACAGAAUACAAAAGAUGAAGUGCAUGAGGACGAAGACAAGCGUGAACCAUUCCCUCGCGAUCAAAAAUCUCCACCAGCCAAGAACCCCAAAACACCGGCUUCAACAUUCGAAGAAAAACAACGCCAAUUGCUACUUGCAGAUUGUCAACGCCUCAAAAAGAAAAUGACCAAAGUCAAAACCAGCAUCGAAAGACCACCACUGUAAGAAAACUUAAUAAUCUUAUGUUAUGUAUUAUAUAUCAUGAUAGUGUUGGGAAAGCAUUAAGAACAGCAAACCAAGAUCGCGUGAUUGUCAUCUUUCAUCGUCGUCUGAUCCGGGCUUAAUUUAAGGAGAAGUUCAACUGUAUUAUUAUAUUUUUAGGAAACCAUUCACGCCAUAUUUGUUCAACAGUCUGGAACCUUAUUACAACCAGUACAUCGUGAACUACGUAGCCAGUGAACUCCAGGUAUGUUCUGAGGCACUGUUGGGGAUGUUUGAAUGCAUGGGCGCCCUUAAACCACAAUGAGAUGAAAGAAUUAUUUGAUUUCAUGUUUAUACAGGACGAAGAAGAGGAACGACCAAAGACGAACUAUGGACAACGAGCUACAUCACUGGGCAUAGUGGGUAAGUGAUGGUCUCGAGCCGCAAAAAUCUCACAUCUUAUAACAAGUUUGUCAACAAGCCGUCAACAAGUUGUAUUCGCACUGCUUGUCACAAGUUGUCAACAAGUUUGGAACAAGCUGUUAACAAUUUGUAUCAACCUUGUUGAUAUUAUCAGACUUGUUGCAAGGUUGUUCCAACAAGUUCGAUACAGUCAUGAUAUAGCAGUAUUGUUACAACCUUGUGUCGUCAACCUUGUAACAUUCUUGUUUAUCAUGAUUGUAUCAGACUUGUUAGAACAAUCUUGUGACAAGUCUGAUAAUGCCAUCAAGCUUGUUACAAGUUAUUAUAACAGCUUGUUCCAAACUUGUUAAAACAACUGGGAACAAGCAGUGCGAACACAACUUGUUGACAACUUGUGAACAGAUUUGUAACAACUUGUUUGCAGACUUGUAACAACUUGUGCGUUUUUACGUGUGUAGGAGCAAACGUGUGUAGGACGUUUCGAUUGCGAAUUAAUGCUCUUACUCUAGCGCUUCAAACGUCCAGAUAAAGGGCUAUAAAGACGCUGGAAAGGUCCAACUUUGUUUAAUGCUGCUUCAUUAUAGCAUACCUAAUUUUAAGAAUUUUUUAUCACUGCACAUUUUAUGCCAAAAAUUUCCGAGUGACUAAGAAAAUUUCCGAAUAUUCGGAAAUUUUUGGCGACCUAACCCCCCCCCCCCCCCCCCCCCCCGUCGCCAAAAAAAUUUUGGUCAGUGUACCAUUUUAAGGGUCAAAAAUUUUUUCCGGACAUACCAAAAGCCAGAUAUUAACUAAAAAUUGCCUGAAUCUCAUGAUUUUCGUACAAAAAACAUAUACUAUUAUUUAAUUCGAUAAUUUGGCAGUCAUCAUUUCAAUUUCAAUUAAAUCAUUCUCUUGUGUUAAUUAACAACUUAUCAAAGCAAAUUUUAUCACUGCACAUUUUACAUUUUAUCACUGCACAUUUUACUUUUAUCACUGCACAAAUUGGUUAUCACUGCACACUAAAAUUAGGUAUGCAUUAUAGCCCAAGCUUUAUCAUUCUGCAUCUAGAGGUACUAGUUAAAACAUGAACAGCCGAUCUUUUGCAGACAAAGAUCGGAUGCGAAUGUUUUAACGUGCUUAAAAAACGACUCGUUUUAUGAGUUCAUUGACAUUGGCGAAGUAAUUUUAAAAAUAAACAUUGUCUAAGCCGAGAAAAUCAAAUUUGAAGUUUAUGUAAAUCAGGACAAAUCUUUAUCCGAUUUACAAACAUUGAUACUGAACAUUCAUUUCUUUUGUAUUUUCCUCGUGAAUUAUCAGUUGAGAUUUUUAAUAUUUUAUAGAACCGCAAGUCUCAUGGCGAAUGGACAAGUAAGAAUAAAACAUAACUGGCUUGGUUUAUAAAACUGAAUUGUUCUAUUAGUUCUUAACUCUUCCCUACAUAUUUAGUAAGGGAUGAAGCCUGAAGAACUCGCAAUGGACCAUUUGCAUUAUAGACUAAAUUUUGAUGUAGACAAAAAUUUCAUCACAGCUUGAAAGAACAUCACAAAAUUAGUAACAUUCCAAAGUUUUGUUGCGAAAUGUUGUAAAAUGCGGAUAAUAAAGCCUUGCGAAAUUUGCCGUUUCUCAGCCGGUUAUUUUGUAUUACGCACGGGAAAUUGACAGCCCAAUCGGGUGUUGGGGCAUCAAUUUCCCGUUUGUAAUAAAAAAUGACUGAAAAUUGCAAAUUUCGCAAGGCUAUAUUAUCCGCAUUUUACAACAUUUCGCAACGAAACUUUGGAAUAUUACUAAUUUUGACUGUGAUGCUCUUUCAAGCUGUGAUGAAAUUUUUGUCUACAUCAAAAUUUAGUCUAUAAUGCAAAUGGUCCAUUCGUUCUCUUCUAGCAACAGUUUAUUACUUUAUGCAUCUUCUUUUAAACUCUGCGAGCGAUUUUCAACUCUUGUUAUACGCAGUGGUAGUAAAUCGAAAUUUUUCACUCUUUUCAUUUUUAGUGUCCCUGGACCAUUCCGUUCAACAAGACUGCAAACUAGUCCUACUACGCAGAAGAAAUGGUAACAUGAAUCACAACAAUUACAUAUCACUGAGUCUCUUUUUAACGAGGAUUUCCUGUCCAAAGACGUGCAGCGAUACAUUGCAAUGUUUGAUCUCAAACUCAUUAAUAAUUCAUGAAUGAAUUAGCCAACCAUAUUGCUUUAUUUUGCUUACAUCUAAUCGUCCUCGCAUUUUGAUCCAGUCCUCAGCUUCGCCUCGGACUUGAUCAAAUUGCCUUGACUUGAAAUCUAGUCCAGUCCUCAUAGUCGGAUUUCAAAUAUUACUUCCCAUUUUCCAUUCUUGCUUAGGACGGGCGCAACUCAUCGUGAUACGUCAUUGGGAAGCACAAGGCUGCCUACUUUUCCUAAACCUUCAUUUCCCAAGAUCAACAUUCCUGAAUACAGCGCAUCGAGAAUGGAUUACUCGAAAGUGUUGAAAUUCAGGUAAAUACUAAAGAGAAUUUUAUAUUCGCGAGGUCGGUUGGCAUUGAACUGCCCAACGAAAGCCCUACUUCCUCAUUAAAAAUGUUAAAAGGCGAUUUUUUUCCAAGUGUUCAAUUAGUUCAAAACCUAAAAUCUUUUUGCGUUCCUCACAAAAUUACUUAUUUUGUAGUUUACACAGUUAGCAACUUUUUCAAAUGUAUCUGGCGGUUGAGAAACACAAAUAAUAGUUAAAUAUUGUCAAUUUAAAUACAAUUAUCAUUGGUGCUGGAAAAUUGACGCCAUGUUUAUACAGCAAUAUAAACAAAACUUGGUGAACCUCAGACAUCAUUUUCUCUUUGGCGUAUCAUCUAAAAUAUCUUCAUUUUAGCAUUAUUUUACAGAUAAAGCACUAAACAUGGCGGUAUUAGCUUAUUUUUCUUACGGUAUUUUCCUUGAAAUAUUGCGGUAUUACGAUAUUGGAAAUCUUGCGGUACACGGUAUUUGCAAUUUGGGACUAAAAACUGCGGUAAUUGACAAAAUUUGCUUGCGGUAUUACAGUAGUGAAUACCCCAAUGCCUCCCCCUUGAGAACAUCAAAAAUGAUUAUGAAAAUCGAAUAUACAAACGAUUCUCCUCUUAAAAAUUCCAUAUACAAAACCCUUCUAUGAUUAGUUAUAUCGAGUUACUUUUUCUAGAAUUGAAAUGGACCGAAAAAUCGAAAAUUUGAAUAGGAAGAAAGUUCAGAUGGAUUACGACAGAACGCUAAAGGACUGGGAACGAAUGAAUUUAAACGAGUUGAAGGAGCUACCGCCGUAUUCUCGUCAUCACGUGAGCAAGGCAAUCAAGACGUACUUCGGGACAUCGAAAGGCGCCACGCGUGCCGUGAACUCAUUAAGUAAACAACUGGAAGUAGAGUGAUGAAGUUUCAGCAAGCGUUAAGGCCCAUUUUCACUCAAGAAAAAUUUCCACGGAGAGAAUUUUCCGAAAAUAUCAUUAAAAGUUGAAAAUUUUCAACUUCAAAAUUUUUCACGACGGGAAAUUUGUGUUGACCAAUCACAUUUUACAAACUUUUCUUUCCGACAGUUUCUGUGGAAAAUUUUCCUGAGUGGAAAUUGGCCUUUACAGGGCAAUAGAUUGUAGUCAACUUCAGAAAUCUUGACAUUUAUAGGAACAGGAAAAUUAAACUCCAUCUCUCUUAACUAUGAUCCUAUUUAUUUACCACCAAAUACAAGACUACGACAUAUAAUGAAAGGAAUGAACAGUAUUUUCUCACUCUGAUAACUAUACAGGUUGACCACCAUCGGCUGCACGAUAGUGCUUAGUCAAACCUUCCUAUUGUAAAUGACCUAGUGUGUUGUUGUAGCUGUGUAUAAAAUUAGACUAAUAGACUAUGAAAACAAGUGUAAUGUAGUAUUAACUGAAUAACAUAUUCAAAUAAAAGAAUCCCGAGGUGAAGGAAUCAUAAUUGUACGUAUUGCAGUCAGAGCCGUCGCUUUGGUGGAGAGGGGGUGCCCCCCCCCCCUUGAUUGAAAAAAAUAUCUUGUCGGCAAAGGUUUAGUGCUAACUCAGCUUUGACUGGUCCCAGUACAGUAACAUAACAAUAUCAGAAGAGCUCGAGGUGUUCACAGAGAAACAAAAUUUACUAAAUAUUAUAAGUUUACAAUUCAUAAGAUUACAUCUCAAAAGGUUACUGAGUCUAACAUGGCGCCCAGACAUUGCACUAUAUUCGACGUCAUCAGCGAAUCUACGGACUCUUCCAAGUGUCGUUUUGGAUCCUACAA